UCUUAAAGAAACAGUGCACUAGAUUCGCCGCACACAUAGCAUGUGAGGCUCGCGCAGGUGUAAACAGACAAAACAGGACUCAAUCUCAGCCCAAAACAACACUUGAAAUGCUGGAUUGUGUUUUAUGAGGGGUUCCAAGUUUUGAUUUAACCUCACGGCCGAGUGUAUGGACAUAAAUAUUGUAGGUCAAUCUGCACUGAAUUUUCAAGAUAACGACAAUGUAUGAGAACGUACCGACAGUGUCUGCUUCUGAGCGGCAGCAGGUGCUCCAGGCCUUGGAAAGACUUCAGUCCAAGCUCGUGCAGAGGGAAGAGUGGACCCACAGCGACAGGCUCGGCACGCUGAAGGAAGCCCUGCAGAGCCCUCUGUUCGGCCACAUCCUCACCCUGCAGCACUCCGUCAAACAGCUUAAAGACCAGUUAAACAGUUUGCCCCCGGACACAUGCACCGAGUUCGGUUUCUCCAGGAAGGGUCAGCUGAUCGUCAGUGCGAGUCGUCCGUCCAGCAGCCUGGGAUCCGUGGUGUCCAACGGUACAGCUUCAACUAACGCAUCUUCUGAGCAGCUUCAGAGAUGGAUACAUGCAGUGGAAAAGGGAAGAAAGACAGAGCUCGUCAGCCUGCAGAAGCCGUUGUCUGGAGGUCUGGGUUUCAGUGUGGUCGGCCUGAGACCAGAGGGGGUCGGCAGUCACGGUGUGUUCGUCAGACAGGUGCAACAAGGGAGUGUCGCAGACAGCAGGGAUCAGUGGGGACACGUGGAUGAGAUUGAGCUGGUGAAUGAUGGAUCCGGCCUGGGAUUUGGGAUUGUCGGAGGCAAGGCAACAGGAAUGGUGGUCAGGACUGUGGUGCCAGGCAGCGUGGCAGAUAAGGACGGGAGGCUGAGAACAGGUGACCACAUCCUGCGUAUCGGUGAGACGUCUACUCGAGGUCUGGCCAGUGACCAGGUGGUGCAGGUGCUGCAGGCCUGCGGUACCCAGGUGAGGAUGCUGAUCGCACGAGACCCUCUGGGGGCGCCCCAGCCUCCGCCUCCACCUCCACCUGCCCCCGCCACGGCCCCCGUCACCUCUCUGCCACCUCCACCUCCUGUGCCAUCCCGCAGGGGCAGCAAAACGCCAAAUUUGGAGGGCUACGAAAUCCAUGAAGUUGCGUUAAAAAAGAAGGAAGGCCAGAGCCUCGGGAUCUCCAUAAUCGGACACAACGCUUUGACCACUAAGGAUGCGGUGGGUGUCUUCGUGAAGAACGUGGUUCCAGGCAGCGCCGCUGAGCAGAGUGGGAAAAUCCUCAUCCACGACAGGAUAAUAGCAUUGGAUGGCGUGAACCUCCAGGGAUUCACCAACCAGGAAGUCCUGGAGGUAAUGAAGCGGACGGGCGAUAUCGUACACCUUACCCUCAUUAAGAAGAUCAACUCGCCCAAGAGGACAGCUGUAGAGAAAUCACUAGAUAAAGUGCAAGAGCCGGCCCCGCUGACGGAGAUGGAGCUUCGUGCUAAAUGGGAGCAGGCUCUCGGUCCACAUUAUGAUGUUAUGGUUGUACAGCUUGACCCUGUCAUAGACGAUGAUAUUGAGCUGCAGAAGUACUCUAAGCUUCUCCCAAUACACACAAUGCGCUUGGGCGUGGAACUAGACACUUUUGAUGGACAUCACUACAUUUCCACAGUGGCUCCUGAGGGUCCAGUGGCAAAACAUGGGCUGCUUCGACCAGAGGAUGAGCUUCUGGAGGUGAAUGGCGUGCAGUUGUAUGGGAAAUCCAGACGAGAGGCUGUUGCGUUCCUCCGAGAGGUUCCUCCUCCCUUUACUUUGGUUUGCUGCAGACGCCUUGCUGAAGAGGGCAGCGAAUACCACCCUGAAUCUGAAGAGUGGCACUCAUCCAGCCCCUCAGCCAGCCUACAGGAGCAGAUUGAGAAUAACCUCUCCAUGUUUGCCAAAGAUACAAGUCUACGCAACAGCAUGAGGGAAGAGUUUCAGGCCCGUCAGGCUACAGCAGUGGAGCGGGAGGUUAACGAUGAAGAAGAGCCCCAAGAGCCAAGCAGCCCUGAGAAAGAGCAGAUGGACGAGGAGAAGGAUGACGAAGAAGAAGUGGAGGAUGAAGGGGAAUUGGCUCUAUGGUCUCAGAAUGUGCAGGUGGUAGAACUAGAGAAAGGAGAACGAGGUCUCGGCUUCAGCAUACUUGACUACCAGGACCCUCUGGAUGUUGUGCUUUCUGUGAUCGUCAUCCGCUCUGUGGUGCCUGGAGGGGUAGCGGACAAUCACGGUGGGCUCCUCCCGGGUGACCAGCUGGUUUUUGUCAAUGACACUCAACUAGACACAUGCUCGCUUGACCAGGCUGUAGAGGUUCUCAAAUCUGCUCCGCCUGGGAGAGUCUACCUUGGAAUCAGGAAACCGCUGGUGCCAGAGGACAGAGGUAGUGGGCAGCAGUCCUCUUGGCCUGUAGAGGGCGCCAAUGAGCAGCCAGCGGCAAAGCAGGAUGUAGCUCUUCCAUCUAUGCAAGAGAAAGAAAAAGAGCUCGAGCAAAAGAAGAUGAGCGAGGAAAAAGAGGAACAAAUGAGCGAGCCUCAUGAGAGGGAUCUUUUUGGAGGUCAGUCGGCCACAUGGAUAGAGGCAGCAGACAGCGAGGCAGACUCUGACUCCAGAAACGAAGGCUCAGAACUUACUUUGACUGACACAGACACUGAAUCUGCACAGCACACUUCCUCUCGCAGCAGGAAGAGAAGAAACCAGGGGGCUGCCGGUUCAAUCAGAGAAGGCAACAGUGAUCUGCCUGAAAGGGAGGAGGGAGAAGGUGAGGAGACGCCCGCGUUCAGUCACUGGGGUCCCCCACGCAGGGUGGAGGUGUUGCCAAAUCCGGAGGAGUCUCUGGGUAUCAGCAUAGUGGGCGGCCGCACAGUUAUAAAGAGGCUGAAGAACGGAGAGGAACUGAAGGGCAUUUUCAUCAAACAGGUGCUGCCAGACAGCCCAGCUGGACGCACGGGUGCCCUUAAAACAGGAGACAAGAUCUUACAGGUUUGUGGAGUGGAUUUGCAGAACGCCAACCAUGAGGAGGCAGUACAGGCUAUCAAAGCAGCGCCCAGUCCCGUGGUCUUCGUCGUGCAGAGCCUGUCCUCCACUCCACGGCCUGUUUCAGUGACGGCCUCCAGCAUUGGACAGCACAAGGCUAAGAGGAAAGCCACCCAGAAAGUAGGGCAGACUGGCGGCCCUCCACCCAUGCGCCUCCCCCCACCUUACAGACCCCCCAGUCAAGUGCAGGAGGAGGAGCCACAGGAGGAAGAGAGGGAGGAUGAGGAGCAAGCUAAAGAGGUGAUCAGGCAGAGGUACGCGGACGUGCCGGGAGAGCUGCUGAUCGUAGAACUGGAGAAAGACCGGAAUGGCUUGGGACUCAGUCUGGCCGGGAACAGGGAUCGCUCCUGCAUGAGCAUCUUCGUGGUGGGGAUCACCGCUGGAGGGCCAGCCAGCCGAGACGGACGCAUCAAAGUGGGCGAUGAGCUGUUGGAGAUAAACAACCAGGUGUUGUAUGGCAGGAGCCACCAGAACGCAUCGGCCAUAAUAAAAAGCGCCGCAUCAAAGGUCAAACUUGUCCUAGUCAGGAAUGAAGAUGCUAUCAAUCAAAUGGCUGUCGCUCCUUUUCCUUCCCAGCCUUCCUUGUUCUUCUCCAGUGAGACACAUCUAAAUACGCCAGCAGUUCCAGCUCCAGCAGAGAAGCCACAGUUACCCGAGAGCCUCCCUCUGAGCAGAAACUCACCUGAGCCGCCGAUAAUCAAGGAUCAGCCCAGCGUGGUGUGGCCCGUGAGCUCCACUCAGACAGAUCAGAUGCAGGAGACUUUCAGAGUUGAGGAGUCAGCAUUGAAGAAGCUGAAAUCCUCAGAGAAGAUAUUGGAGUCUCCAAGCGAACAGUCACCAAAGCCUCUUGUGGAGCAGAUCACCAGUCUUCCAAAUAUCCAGAGGAAUUCCACCAGGCCGUCAGCCAGUUCUUUGGAGGUCACGUCCUCGGGAUCAUCCGUGCCAGUCUCUGGCACCAACCCUGACUUCGAGUACUGCAGCAAAGACCCUGCUACGUGUCCCAUAGUUCCAGGACAAGAGACUGUUAUUGAGAUUUCUAAAGGCCGGUCUGGACUAGGUCUCAGUAUAGUCGGCGGCAAAGAUACGCAGCUGGAUGCCAUAGUGAUUCAUGAAGUGUAUGAGGAGGGGGCGGCAGCGCGGGACGGUCGUGUCUGGGCCGGAGAUCAGAUUCUCGAGGUGAAUGGAGUAGAUCUGCGGAGCGUGGCUCAUGAAGAUGCCAUAGCUGCUCUACGGCAAACACCGGCCAAAGUGAGGUUGACGGUCCUGCGCGACGAGGCGCAAUACAGGGACGAGGAGAACCUCGACAUGUUCCGUGUUGAACUUCAGAAGAGAAGCGGACGCGGGCUGGGCCUGAGCAUCGUUGGGAAGAGAAAUGGUAAGGGUGUGUUCAUCUCGGAUGUGGUGAAGGGCGGAGCGGCUGAUCUGGACGGCAGACUGAUGCAGGGUGAUCAGAUCCUGUCUGUGGAUGGAGAGGACAUGAGACAGGCCUCACAGGAGACCGUCGCUGCCAUUCUCAAGUGCGCCAGGGGCAAGGUGCUGUUGGAACUGGGCCGACUGAAGGCUGCCUCCUGGAUCUCUUCCAGACGCACCUCCCAGGGAAGUCAGAUGAGCCAUGUGAGCGCCAACAGCAGCGCCCCAACCCCCACACCCCCUGCCGUUGUUCCGCCCCCCUCUCAAACCCUCAACAACAACAGCCGAAACAUCACCGAGCCCAACAGUAAAAGCACAGGAACAGAGCCAGGUGUUCGGACAGUGGAGAUCACACGGGGUCCCACCGAUGCUUUGGGUGUCAGUAUAGCGGGCGGUAAGGGUAGUCCUCUGGGCGACAUCCCCAUCUUCAUCGCCAUGAUCCAGGCUAACGGUGUGGCUGCCAGGACACAUCGCCUCAAAGUAGGUGACAGGAUUGUGAGCAUCAACUCUCAGUCUCUGGAUGGAUUGACUCAUGGGGAUGUCGUAAAUAUGCUGAAGAAUGCUUACGGCACCAUCGUCCUCCAGGUGGUUGCCGACACCAACAUCAGUGCCAUAGCCAGUCAGGUGGGUGAGGAACGGCUAGAAGGAAGUGUAGCAGGCUCUUCAGAGACUAUCGGGGCUCUCCAGGUUGUAGACAGUGCGUGGAAGCCUCGUCCAGACCGUCUCUUCCACUAG